AUGGCCAGCAAACCCAAAACUGAUGUCAAGGUCCUGAAAGGCCAAGAAGCCGAGGACAAGAUCCUUGAGUACAUGAAACGGAUGAACAGACCAUUUGGAGCAGUAGACGUCGCCGCAAAUCUCAAAGGAGCCGUUGCGAAGACAGUGACACAGAAACUUCUAGUGUCUCUGGCUGAGAAGGGUGAACUAGUGCAGAAGCUAUAUGGGAAGACUACCUUCUUUGUCGCCAACCAAGCGAACAUCACCUCAGUUCCUGACGAGGAAAUAGCGACUUUAGAGGCCGAACGCAAACAAGUCGAAGAAGAAAACAGCCUCAAGGCAGCUGAAGCGAAGGCUCUCAUAAACGAGCUUGCUCGCCUAAAAUCUACUCCAACUAACGACGAACUCGAUACUCAAAUCGCGGACACAAAGGCGGCUAUUGCAAAGGCUCUGGCUCGACUGCAGCCCCUUCGAGGAGGAGCGACGUUAGUCUCUGCCGAUGACAUCGCCCAAAUCGACACAGAAUGGGUAAAAUGGAGAGCCGAGUGGACACGACGCCGAAAGAUAUUCACUUCUGCUUCCGCUCGUCUCCACUCCUGGACUCGUAGGUUCUGGCAACUUGCUACCGAUGCCCUCCCACCGCAGGACGCAAGUGCUCUGGCGGAAGACCUUGGGAUCGAAUUUGAUACAUCGGAGCAUCAGGCGCUAGAGCGAUCCCAUAUAUGCACGGCCAAUCCACUCAAACGGAAGCGAUAG